AUGCUUGAGGACUUCUGGAACUUCAUUAUAGAGGGAAGAUACAGACAACUCGGAGACGAUGAUGCCCUAUCAGCAUGGCGCCUGCAAUGUGGAAACAACUACCACCUUGAAUUUCUAGGUUCCUUCAAAAAUCCCUCUUGUUGCUCCAGAUUCUCGAUAUACUCUUUCAAAUCUCUCAUGGGUGGACCAAAAUAUCCCAAAGUCGUCGGCUACGAGCUCGUGAAUGAGAUUGGAGGAGGGGGAUUCUCAAUAGUUUUUCGAGCCGUCAACAUCCCAGAACAUCGGGUAGCAGCAUGCAAACUCAUCAAGCUCACCGAAGAAACAAGCGAGAAGGACCGCAAAAAUAUUGAGAAGGAGAUGCGAGUGCACACGGCGUUGAAGCACAGACACGUCCUCGAGUUCCUAAACGCGGUCGUUGUUGAAUUAAAGCAUAAGGCGUCCUAUGUCCCAGGAAUCUACAUGCUCUUAGAAUUCGCUGGGGGUGGUGAUUUGUUCGAUAAGAUUGCCGCUGACGUCGGUGUGGGCGAGGAGGUCGCACAUUUCUACUUCCUGCAACUGAUAUCGGGUAUGCAUUACAUUCAUUCCGAAGGCGUCUGUCAUCGCGAUCUUAAGCCUGAGAACCUUCUCCUCGACGUUGCGGGCAAUCUCAAGAUAUCUGAUUUCGGCCUUUCUUCUGUUUUUCGUUUGAAGGAGUCAGGGAAGACUCGUACGUUGACGGAGAGAUGUGGCAGUCUGCCUUACGUUGCUCCAGAGUUGAACAGCUCAGCACCAUAUCACGCGGAGCCAAUUGACGUCUGGGGCGUCGGAGUUAUUCUGUACACUCUUCUAGUCGGAAAUACACCCUGGGAUGAGCCUACAGCAAACAGCCCAGAGUUUCGGCGUUAUGCGGCUGGAGCCGUUUUCCGGGAAGCACCUUGGAAUCGAAUAGGCCAGGAAGCCCUCUCCCUGAUUAGAGGGAUUCUCACAAUAGACCCGGCCGAACGGAUGACGCUUGAUGACGUUUUUCAACAUCCUUGGUGCAUCCGUCCCAGCCAGCUUGCCGAUAACAAUCCCGUCGAAUUAGCAGAUAGACUCAUCCGGUCAAUUCGAGACAACGGUGACUUACAGCUCGCAGCACCUGACCUGAAUGCCCUGAACAACCCCGACAAUGGGAUGGACGUCGAUGAAGACGAGCCCAUGCUCACCGCCUCGCAUCAAUCCCAGUUCACCCAAUCGCUCAUGCUCUUCUCUCAGACGCAGUCGGGGACUCGGUAUACGCCACAUCUAACGCGUUUCUACUCCUCCCUGGGCCCGUCCCUCCUCUUCCCCUUGGUCCAUGAGGCUUUGGAGGCCUUGGGCGCCAGAUGCAAGGUCGGGCCUUCCUUCACGAAUGAGCGUGGAGGUGAGGUGCUGCGGUUGAGGAUCGGUGGAAGGGAUAUGCGGCAGCAAGUCUUCAAGGGAUGGGUGGAAGUCGAGAAAUUUUCGUGGCGGAACGGGGAAGGGAGCUUCUGUGUCAUGAAAAGAGACGAGGGAAACCCAAUUUCGUGGAGACAAUUGUGGAAGGCGCUCAUUGCCUCGGCUCUCGUGGAACCACAUGUUCUCCGCAAGUAA